AUGAUAAAUGUUCCGAGUACAUUGAAUAUUCUUCUUCAACACGCUUGUUCUCUUAUUCCAUUUGUUAUUGUUUUACCAAAUACACGUCAAGCACUGGUUAAAAAAUUGAUUCAUAUUUGGUCAACAUCAUCCAAUGAACGAAAUCGUGUUAUUUCAUUUGUUUGUUUAUUUCAUUUGAUACGUGAACAUAGAAAAGAAAUGAUUGGUGUCGUUUUACGAGAUAGUUUAAUGGAUCAAUUUUAUGAACUUGUUAUACUUUAUAUUGUUCAUUAUGCCCAUCAUGUUACAUAUCCUGAACUUGUUUAUCCAUUAACACUUAAAUUACAAGAAAAUGCUAAUUUAAUUGAAGAACGUCGACAAAAAUCGGGUUUAAAUGUUAAACAUAUCAAACAAAUGAGAAAGCAUCAUGACGUCGAUGAAGAUGAUCAACUAGAAGAACAAGAAGAAGAUGAUGAUGAUGAUGAAGACGUAACAACAAGUCUACCAGCGAAAAACUAA